UGCAGCAGCACAGCGAAGAAGCCAGCUCCGUGUUCCUCUAGGCCAGGGUCUCUAUUGCUGCCCGGUGCCAGGGGUCUGAGAGCUUUAUGGGGUGGCUUUUGGCAUCUGGCAAGGCUGUUUAGAAACCACUUCUUGAUGCUUCCAUCUACUUAUGAUAAGCUGGGUCGUGUAUCCUGCAUUUAGGUACCUCAGUUACUGUUCUUGCUUCCCUAGUCCCUAACAACAACGGCAGUGUGGCUAUUGGCAAACCGAUGUGACCUUGUUAAGUAGAUUCACUACUUAAUUUAGCUUUUUCCAAACUCUCAAAGGAAACCCUGUCCUCUGAACAAUGAAGAUCUUAGACCCCGGCUAACUCAUAGAUGCACAAACUCCUCGUUCUUCUGAAGCAGAUGCUCAAGUUCUUUAGGGGGAUCUUCACUUUCCACACCUGGUACCUGUGUGAGACCAGAGAAAGCUCCCACCCGUCUUGUGCCUGAGCAGUGAGCCAUGCUGGGCCGGAAAACAGGACUCCCCCACGAGCUGAACAGCCACCGCCAGCUGAACCAGUCCUACCAGGAGGCUGUGCCCCUGCGGACCAGGGCAUCCAAGGAGGCAGAUGUCAGUUUGGAGGUGUUCAGUGGCUCUACACCUGAAAUCAAACAGGGCCGCAGCAGAGCCCAGCAGAUGCGGGAUAGGAAAGCUCGCAAAGCUGAUCUCAAAGACUCCAAUGGGAGAGAGGCAGAAACGAUUACCUUUAUUUCUGGUACAGCAGAGGCUCCCCCAAACCAGAGCUUUUGCUGUUCCUCUCUGUCUCAGGCCUGGAACACAUACAAGGCUGUUUUCUGUUGUAUAGUGACCUGUGGGGGCUGCUUUCAGGACUGCAGUGUCUGUAUCCCCUAUCCAGGGCCCACUGAGACCUCCACCGAUGAUGGAAAGAAUGGAGAUUAUAAUGGGCGACUGCCAAACAGCCCUGCCAACGUCUCUCCCACUGAGAAAAAUGGGAACCAGAUCAAAAAGUCCAGCAUGGGUAGCAGUUUCAGUUACCCAGAUGUGAAACUGAAGGGCAUUCCUGUCUAUCAAAAUAGGAGCCCCAGCCACCACCUGGAAUCAGAUUCGUGCUGCAAAGAGCUGCUGCCAGAGAAGCCCUUCAGGAACAGCAUAGAAAAGCCACCCCUCCCCAGCAGCCACCGGAGUUCAGAGGAGUAUUAUUCCUUCCACGAGUCUGACCUGGACAUCAGCGAGCUGAAUGGCUCCAUGUCCAGCAGGGAGAUUGAUGUCCUGAUCUUCAAGAAGCUGACGGAGCUCUUCAGCGUCCACCAGAUCGAUGAGCUGGCCAAAUGCACAUCAGACACUGUCUUCCUGGAGAAGACCAACAAGAUCUCAGACCUCAUCAAUAGCAUAACUCAGGACUACAACCUGGAUGAGCAGGAUGCUGAAUGCAGGCUGGUCCGAGGCAUCAUUCGCAUCAGCACCCGGAAAAGCAGAGUCCGGCCCCAUAUCUCUAUCCCAGCCAGCCAGAGCCAUGAGGAGAAGUCCAGCAGAGGCAACGCACCAGACAGCGGGAAUGAAACCAUGCUGGAGUCCAUGGUCAUCAGCCAGGAUGAUCUGGACGUGCAGAUAUCUGAAGAAACAUCAGCAGAUGUGAUAGCCAGGAACAUGAGGCGACACAGCAGUGCAGGCUCUCCAACAAGCAGAGAUUCCUCUUUCCAAGACACAGAGACUGACUCAUCCGGGGCACCUCUGCUUCAGGUGUAUUGUUAAGGAAAAGGACCCAAGCAGCAGAACAUCAAGGAAGUGAACUGUGGAGCUAAUGAACCUGGCAGGUGAAACGUGUGCCCAGGGAAGAGAUGACGGACAAGGAAGUAUCAAAUAACUUGUGCCUUUGUGAUUUCCAUAAUUCAUGUUUAGCUUCAACAACCUCUGUGGCCCAGCCCUUUUCCUCUGCUUUUGAGGAUCUGUUGCCCAAUUCUUGCUUUCUGGCAUUGCAGAACUCAGUUUGGGUAGGGAAGAACUGGGUGAUGUCUCUGUGUUUGUGCUGAUCCUGAGUUGAGGACCGAGCACUUGCUCUCCAGGGACCCAAAUCUCUAUUUAAAGUUGCUGGGUGAGUCCCAAAACCAUUUAAAUCCUUUAUCCAUGGUGCUUGCAGAAGCCAGGUCUGCCUUUUUCUCCACUGACCACCCUUAGUGGUGUCAUCAUCUGCUGCACUUAUGAGAAGGUUCAGGUAACGUGGUUCAUUUAAUCUCUGGCCUCUUGGGGUGUCUCCUGAGAUAGUGCCAGUCACAGAGGGGUGGGAUGCCCGCACAGGCAUCCCCUUUCUCAAGGAGACCACGGGGGUCAGUGCUGCAGUCACUGCCAGGUAUGGGUUGACCUGUCAGCUCUUCCUCACUCAUCUGCCCAGCCCUCUGCCUGGCAUUCACACUGGCUGCUGGGCCAGCCUUGCACUUGGGAUAUGGCAGCAGAGGGAAAGUUGGUUCAUUUUGAAUGGGUUUUGUAGUUAGGAAUAGGGCUGUUUGCCUAUUCUUGCUUUGAGAGAAAAGCAUCCCCUCAGGGGGUCUCCAGGGGUCCAUGAGGACCUGCCCUUCCAUGCCUUCUCCUUCCCUUUGCUCCGCUCCAGCUGCUCAGAAGCCAGGAGAUGGGGCAUUGCCACCCCGAGGGCACAGUGCCAGCUGGCCUUGAGGGCUGCGGCGUUGCAGCAGGAGGAAGCUCUAUCUUACUGCUGUUACCACUUGGAUGUUUAUCAGAAAGCAAACAAGGUGAAGCCAUGGGACUUGUUUGUCCGUUCAGGUGCCCUUGGACGUGAGCAGAAAACACUUCAGCUGUGUUUACCAGCCAUGGCAUAAAUGCACCCACUGGUUUCUGGGGGAGAGGGAAACCAAAAUAGCCCCCGUGCUUUGGUGUGGACCAUGGUUUUGUGCCUGACUUGAACUAAACCGUGCCUUUAUUUCCUAGCCUGUGAUUACUUUUCAAAUGGUUUGCUAGGGAGGGAAAGGAUUUAAUUCCUCCCAUGAGCAGCCAGGCUUAUUUAACCAGCCAGAUCCCUUUGAAAUGGUUCAAGUGCCUGUUGGAGCCUGGUUUUGUGACCUGCUCAUUCCUGAGCAUGCCUUCCUAACUCAUGGACGUGACCAAGCCCACACCUGGGGACGCUGACGGAGAGAGCCUUUGAAAAUGUAGGGGAGAGACUGAGACUUGGAUUUGCCUUCCCCUCCCUGCUUUGUUGGGUUGUGAAGAACCCCAUUGAUGCAAGCAGGAGCCCUGAAGCCAGGCCAGGACUCCCAGAGGAGCUGUGUUUGGUCGCCUCCUUCCAAAUGCUACUGAACGGACCCCUUUUGGCUUCCUGCUUCUGAAUGGAUUUGUACGUCUGUGUUUGGACCAGUUUACUUCAACGUGUGCACUGAGGCAUCAAGCAUGGGUCACGCUGACAUGCAGCUCUGUGCUCUGCGCUGAGCUGUGGAGACGAGGGCUGAGGAUGGACUUGCAAAGAGCUGCCAAUCGCCAUUACAGAUGCAAGAGCACGUUUUUCAUGUUUAGUCUUUGUAUGAAGAGUGAAUGUGGAUGGAUUAAGCUUGCAAACCCCCCCCACCCCCCAAAACCCCACCAAGAGGAAGACUCUCAACUGGAUGGUCCCUGAAGCUGGUGCCCCUGUGGUGUCUUACGGGAUUCUUUUGCACUCCUUGGCCUUAUAUGUCUGAUUUGGUCAUUUUUAUAAAGCAGAACGAUGUGCUCUUUA